AAGAUACCAUUUGCUUAAAAAAAAGGCUAAGUAAAAAUUCACAAAGAGAGAGAGAGAGAAAAAAAUCAAAACUUUUUUCUCUCUUGUAAAAUCUGCCCGCUUUGAUUCCCUUUUAAGAACAUAAAAAAAAUUGAAGGUUUGUUCAACCAAAUCUAUAUAUUGAAAGGGGUCAGGGGGCGGAUUUUAAUGUUAAUAAAGGUUUUCAUUUUGUAAUUUAUUGUGCAUAAAUUUUUAUUUAUUUUUUAAAGAUAAGUUUGUGAAUUAUCAUUAUAAACAAUUGUACCGUUAAUUAUUUGGGGAAAGUUGAUAAACUAGGGUGGAAAUUCUUGAUGGGUUUUUUGGUUGAUUCCCAAAAAGAAGGUGUUGGUUCAUCAUGGGGUGGUUUAAAGAGUUUGGUAAGAAGAAAACAGGUAGAUUCUGCUCAUUCCAAGCGUUUGGGUCAUCAUCAAUUGGCUAAAGAAUUGACAGUUCCUCAUCUCAUAGCAAUUGGUGUUGGAUCAACAAUUGGAGCUGGAGUUUAUAUUCUUGUUGGAACAGUUGCUAGAGAGCAUUCUGGUCCAGCUCUUACCAUUUCAUUUCUAAUAGCUGGAAUUGCUGCUGCUCUCUCUGCGUUUUGCUAUGCUGAGCUUGCAAGUCGUUGCCCAUCUGCUGGGAGUGCCUAUCAUUAUUCAUACAUUUGUGUUGGUGAAGGCGUUGCCUGGUUGAUUGGUUGGGCUCUGAUACUGGAGUAUACAAUUGGUGGAGCUGCAGUUGCUCGUGGCAUUUCCCCUAAUCUGGCUUUGCUUUUUGGAGGUGAAAAUAGUCUACCAAUUUUUCUAGCUCGUCAACAUAUCCCUGGUCUUGAUAUUAUGGUGGACCCAUGUGCUGCAGUUCUGGUUUUCAUUGUGACUGGGCUCUUGUGUGUGGGAAUCAAGGAGAGUACAGUUGCACAAGGCAUUGUCACCACUGCAAAUGUAUGUGCCAUGAUUUUUGUGAUAGUAGCUGGUGGUUAUCUGGGUUUUAAGAGUGGAUGGACUGGUUACGAACUACCUACUGGGUAUUUUCCCUUUGGGGUGGACGGAGUGCUUGCUGGGUCUGCAACAGUCUUCUUUGCUUAUAUUGGUUUUGAUUCGGUUGCCAGCACUGCUGAGGAGGUGAAGAAUCCCCAACGAGAUUUGCCACUGGGUAUCGCAACAGCCCUCUCCAUUUGUUGUGGGUUGUACAUGCUGGUGUCUGUUGUGAUUGUUGGUCUGGUCCCCUAUUAUGCAAUGGAUCCUGACACCCCCAUCUCUUCUGCAUUUUCUAGCCUUGGAAUGCGAUGGGCGGCUUACAUAAUAACUGUUGGAGCUGUUACUGCCCUUUGCUCAACAUUGAUGGGCUCUAUCCUCCCUCAGCCUCGAAUUCUUAUGGCAAUGGCUAGAGAUGGAUUGCUGCCAUCCUUUUUUUCAGAUGUUAAUAAACGCACCCAAGUUCCUGUCAAGAGCACAUUGGCAACUGGUAUAGUUGCUGCUACAUUGUCAUUCUUCAUGGAUGUUUCACAAUUGGCAGGGAUGGUUAGCGUGGGUACGCUUCUUGCAUUUACUAUGGUGGCAAUUUCUGUGCUGAUACUUAGAUACGUUCCACCAGAUGAGGUGCCACUUCCAUCAUCACUUCAGGAGUCAAUCGAUUCUGUCACACUAAGAUAUAGUAGUGAUGCUCAGGUGAUUAGUGGGGGAAACCCUAAGAUGAGUUCUGGAGAUAGUUCUGAGCCUUUGCUUGGAAACAAGAAUGUUGCAGUUGAUUGUCCCAUUGUUGAAAAGCAAGAAGCUCUAUCCAGUUGUACUCUCGAUGAAGAGAACAGACGAAAAGUUGCUGGCUGGACCAUAAUGUUAACAUGUGUAGGGGCAUUUACCCUUACAUAUGCAGCUUCAAAUUUGUGGCUUCCAAGCCUUCUUCGGUUCACAUUAUGUGGAGCUGGUGGUGUUCUUCUUCUGUCUGGUCUGAUUGUGCUCACCUGUAUAGAUCAAGAUGAUGCUAGGCAUAACUUUGGACAUACAGGAGGUUUCAUAUGCCCUUUUGUUCCUCUCCUACCAAUUGCCUGCAUUCUUAUCAAUGUCUACCUGCUCAUUAAUUUGGGGGCUGCUACCUGGGCUCGGGUUUCUGUAUGGCUCGUAAUAGGGGUUCUUGUUUAUGCAUUUUAUGGCCGUACCCACAGCUCACUGCUCGAUGCAGUCUAUGUUUCUGCAGCUCAUGCAGAUGAAAUUUAUCGCUCCUCUGGGGACUCUUUGGCUUAAUUGCCCCUUAAUCAAAAUUUACUAUAAAGAAAAGAUAUAGGGAGAAGUGUGGAAUAUGUCUGCACCAAUGCUUGUUGGUCUUAGUUUUAGAGAAGAAUCUCAAUGUUGUAUGCUUGUAAUUUUUUCUAUCCCCAAUUAUUGUAAUUGUAAUCUAUUGCGGCAGGUUUGAUGACCUUAAAUCAGUCGCUUGCUUGUAUGUCACAUAUUUUCUCAGGAUGGGAAAACUCAUUGAAAAAUGUAAAUGAUUAGCGAACUGAAGAUAGAUUUCUCUCGACAAGUAAAGGGUUAAUUUUUUUUUUCUUACAUUAAAGGUCAAGUUUCGCAACUUGAGAAUAAGAGAAAGGGUGGAGAUUUAAAUUUUAGAUUUAUUGUAUGUUAUUUUUAAGAGUGAUUGUAUAAUUAAACUUCAGAUAUAAAAGGUAGCCUUUCAAGAAAUGAAUCAAGUAGAUAAC